CACUGGCAGAGUUGUCAUGGCGUCUUCGGGACUGAAGCUAGAGCUGCAAUUUAGCUAAAAUCUGUCGACACUUUGUAAAGCGAAAUGGAGAAAAAUGCAAACCUGCAUCGAGACAUUGAGGGGAGUCCUUUGUGUGCCAAGAUCGCAGGAGAGAUGGACGAUGUUACAGCUGUUGGUGCAGUGAAAGGAACAAGCGAUAAAUGCAAGAAUAGUGAGCCCUCUCUCAGUACUUUGGUUAACGCUAGUUGUAAUAACAGCACCACUGGUGUUCCCAGCGCCGUUAAUGUCAUCUCCUCUGAUGAGAAACCCGACAUGCCAGAAAUGAUCGAAAUCCUCCCGCUGCCAGAAAAGGACGCCGAGGCGGGUGGAUCGUGGUCGGAGUCGGGGGAUCAGAUCAGUAACGGGAUGGGACAUGACUCGGUGCUGGCUACAGGAAAUACCGAGGGUGGUACCUCAAAGUUAGUAAACAACAAAAACGAUGGCCUGUCUUCAUCUCCUACUGGGGCAUCGGGUGCGAGGAACACAGAUGCGAACGCUGAGAUUUCGGGUUGUACAGAAAUUGAACCCACGAAACUUGCCAAGCCGACACAUCUAUGUCCGGACAAUACAACAACGGGAAACGUCAAAUCGGUGCUAUCCAGUGAUCACACCGUAUCCGAGGGAUUGCCAAGUGGGAGUGACCCUGAUCCGAGCCUUGCUGGAGAAUCUCGAAGCAUAGAUUCACUCGAGUCCUUCUCAAACCUCAAUUCUUGCCCCAGCUCCGACCUCAACAGUGAAGGUCUGGAGGACAGAGGACUGGCCUUGGCUCUACAGAGCGAGUACGGGGCUGACGGGACCAAGAGCUCGUGCACGAAGGACCGGGCCGCCGGCCAGUCCAUAUACCACAUCAAGUGGAUCAAGUGGAAGGAUGAGAAUACACCGAUUAUCACCCAGAACGAGAACGGCCCGUGUCCAUUGCUGGCAAUUAUGAAUGUCCUCCUGCUUGCGUGGAAGGUUAAGAUGCCACCCAUGAUGGAAAUUAUAACUGCUGAACAACUAAUGGAGUAUCUUGGCGACUACAUCCUUGACACCAAGCCAAAAGAGAUUUCUGAAGCCCAGCGGCUGAACUAUGAGCAGAACAUGAGUGAUGCCAUGGCCGUGCUGCACAAGCUGCAGACAGGUCUGGAUGUGAAUGUGAAGUUCACAGGCGUUCGAGUCUUUGAGUACACCCCAGAAUGCAUUGUGUUUGAUCUGCUAGACAUCCCGCUCUACCACGGCUGGCUGGUUGACCCCCAGAUGCAUGACAUUGUCAAGGCAGUGGGCAACUGCAGCUACAACCAGCUGGUAGAGAAGAUAAUAUCCUGCAAACAGUCAGACAACAGUGAGCUGGCAGGGGAAGGCAUUGUGGCGGAGCAGUUUCUGAGCAGCACAGCCACUCAGCUGACAUACCAUGGCUUAUGUGAGCUCACAUCCACUGUACAGGAGGGAGAGCUCUGUGUCUUCUUCAGGAAUAACCACUUCAGCACCAUGAUCAAGUACAAGGGCCAGCUGUAUCUCUUGGUUACAGACCAAGGCUUCCUGACGGAGGAGAAGGUGGUGUGGGAGAGCCUCCACAACGUAGAUGGAGACGGCAAUUUCUGUGAUUCGGAGUUCAGGUUGCGGCCUCCGUCUGAUCCAGAGACCGUGUACCGUGGACAGCAGGACCAGAUCGACCAGGAUUAUCUGAUGGCGCUGUCGCUGCAGCAGGAGCAGCAGAGCCAGGACCUGCAGUGGGAGCAACUCCCCGAGGGCAUCAGUGACCUAGAGCUGGCUAAAAAGCUUCAGGAGGAGGAGGAUCGGCGUGCCUCUCAGUACUACCAGGAGCAGGAGCAAGAGCAGGCUGCCGCCGCCGCAGCAGCAGCAGCAGCACAGGCGCAGCAGGGUCAGCAGGAGCCUGCAGGGGGGGAGGAGGCAGACAGAGGAGGGAUGGGAGCAGCUGGAGCAGCAGCCGGGCCCGGGACAGGAGCAGCAGCCGGAGCCACACCCAGCCCAGGGAAACAGUCCUCGUCUGGGGAACGCAAACCCAAGAAAGAAUCGAAGGAUAAAGACAAAUGUGUGAUUUUGUAACAUAUAGCGCGAGUGUGAGCGUGUGUGUGAGUGUGUGUGUGUGUGUGUGUGUGUGUGUGUGUGUGAGAGAGAGAGAGAGAGAGUGAGCAUGUGUUUUGUGCAUUUGCUUAUCUGUGAGAAAGGGGACAGCAUUUGUUUCUCCAUGGAUUUGACACACAACGCACAGCCCCCACUUGACGACAAAGACAGGGAAAAGUAAAGAAAGGGAAGGAGAUAGCGAGAAGAGACGCGACAAGACUGACAGAGGAUUUGCCGUUCCCAAACCACUGGUGCCUGCUAUCCUCUAUCCUCAGCGGAACCUGGACAUCAGAGGAAGGGACUCUAUGACAACCACCCCUUAUCUUUCGUAGAGCUGGCCAAACUUUGUUACAAGUCGCACAGUGCACUAUAUUUGUGAUGUGGGGUCAAGUUUAUUCGGGGUGGUAUAUUUUAUAGCAAAAAGACAAAAUCUAAACGAAACAAAAUGUCACCCUCUCGCCGUAUUUUUUCCAAGAAAACCAUUGUCAUUCAUUUUUCAUCAUUGCAGUUUAUAAGCUAUUUUUUGUAUCAAUAUUUACAAAACAUAUAUGGAUGAAUCCCCCCUUUUUUUUGGUUUAUUUUAGUUUAUGAAGAUGUUUGAAAGACGGAGAUGCAUAGCUCAUCUUCAAAUUUGUGAAAUUAGUGCUUAGUUGGUGGGGCUUGUUCAGGCCUUUUUGAUUUGAGUUUUGGCCAUACUGUUUUAUAGAGAAGAGGUAACAAGAACAUCAUCGUGUGAAAUAUUUACACCUCUCGAAAUGAUGCCAAGAUACUCAUUUUAUUUAUGUGUCUGUGUGGACGACAGCUUUUGGGAAAGGUUUUAUUUUUGUGUAAAUUGAAAGGGAUUUUUCUCAUAAAAUUGCUUGUUAGAAAUUAAUGUAACAAUAUUUGUGUCCCCUUCCAAACACUAUGUACCCAAAUCAUGUGUAUUUCAAAAGGGUUACCAAUGCCAGAUAGCUGCCAGUUACUGUAGCUACAUACUAAUCCUCAUUGCCCUUUUCAGAUUUGCCUUACCGGAGUAUGGCAGUGUUGUAUUCUGCUCUGUUUGAAUGUGAAUGUAUGUUUGUUUUCAUGUGUAUGUAUAUACACAUAUGCUAUGUAUAUGGUAUAAUCGUGUAUGUCCCAUGGCUGAGCACCACUGAUUUAAGAAGUUAAAUUUGGAAGUAGCCAAAUAUUUUAAAUUAUAUUUGUUAUGCUACACACAUGGGGCAUUUAAUGUUACACGCCACAAUCUUAAUGCCAUUGAUAUUGUUCACAUGAACUACUUUCUGCACAGUCACACUGACAGUCUUAACAGGACUACGUGGCUGAUCUUAAAGGAAUACUCCAAUGUUUGGGGCAAAAUCCCCCUUUUCCAACUUACUCAGACCAAGACGAGUUGUUCAGUUCAAUUUUCACCUCUGUACAUCCAGUGGUUCGGUUCCUGUGGGUAGCAUUUCAUGUUAGCUUAGCAUAAAAACUUGAAGUCUAUGGGAGUCAUUAGCCUAGCUCAGUGAGCUGAGACUCCUUUUAGGAGAAGUCAGUUUGUGGUGGAUCUACCUAUACCUUCAGCAGUAUGAGGGCCACUGUGAUAGACGGAAGGAUAAAUGUGUUCAGCAGUUACAGUUCCACCAUCUAACUUCUCCUAAAACUACUUUUUUUUUUUUUAAUUCCAUGUAUUUUAAACGCACGAUACAUUGUGUAAAUUAGACAGCUUCAGAGUUUCUGUAAGGUUUAUUUUUUCACUUUAAGAGAGCCACGCUAAUGACUCAUACAGACUUUAAGUCUUUAUGCUAAGCUGUCACAAAAUGCUAUCCAUAGGAACUGAACCAGUGGACGUACAGAUGUAAAAAUGGUAGCGAAUAUCUUGUCUCAGUCUGGGUAAGUCGGAAAAUGGCCAAAAUGUUCGAGCAUUCAUUUAACUGACUGACUUCGGGUCUGAGUGAGAAAGAACUGGCUUCUGGUGCCUGGGUUCAGUUUUCCAGAAGCAUCUUAGUUUUUACAGGUACAGUGAAAGUAAGAUGAUCAUAGCACUAAGACGCUUAUGGGAAACAGUUUUGAUUGUUCCCAGUUUAAAGGCUAUGGCAGUAUCCCAAACAAACAGUCUGAGAGGCCGACCGCCUCUUCAGUCUCUGAAGAGGUGGAGAAACGCUAGUGUGGCCUUCUCCAUUGGAUCCUGGGUCAUUGGACUUCCUACUGUGACUAGGUUUUUAUGAGGGAUGCCACGCAAGUCAAGAAUUCACAUACAUUAUUCCUCUGGUCUAGGAAAGUUGAAUUUAUAUCUGUGGAUUUGUACAAGUCUCUUCCAAGGCCUAAAUCCUAGCCUUUAAUCUGGGACAGUAUGACUUGAAUCCGUUCCAAUUACAACAAUGGAAAACUGACUUGCUUGAGCUGGAGACACAAAUGUGCUUCAACAUCUUCUCAUCAGUGAUGAGAAGAUGUUCCCUUCAUGCCCGCAAAUUUUCAUCUGCUAAACCUCAGUCACCUUUUCUAACCGGAUCACUGAGCUGCACAUCAGUGUAACAUCUCAAAUUCAGGGAGGGACAAAAACUCAUCAGCCAUUUAUGGAAAACGGGGUAUCAUAUUCAAAGGACAUCGUUAAAUUGACCUGUCCUUGGGCAUAGGAAUGACAUUGUGAAUACUGAAAUUCUGUAGAACGACCCACCGAACAUGCAGACAGAUUCAUCACGUGCACAUUUACCUAAUGCACACUUCCAAUGGAGUUAGUCAGUAGUUUGUGCCAUUGUCUUAUCAUGGGACUGCCUCCUGAGAAACUUUUCUAUCUAUACAUUCCAGUCGGAUGCCUUGACUCAAGCCUUUUGUUACUUGUCAGAUCAAGCAAGACAGUUGGACUAGGAUUUCCUCGCAGCACUUGUUGUUAAGCCGUGUCCGUUUUUGUCUGGUAAUUUUUUUUUUUCCUGUUCAGCAAGAACAAGCCUGACGUUGCGAGAACUGUUUCCUACCUAGCGGGAAGGUAAUCUCAUGGGGGGGCAGCGGGCUACCUUGGCGAAGCCUUUUUUGAAGACCGGAGUUCAAUCUCCCCGUUUAUGGCCAUUGCAAAGGCUGUACUUUGUAUAUAAAACGCCUUACAACAUUUCAACAUAUUUUAUAGGACAAAAAGGAAACAGGCGUAUUACAGAAUGAGACAAUCCAUGCAUUUUAACACACAUCAGAAAUAGUCUCAGGCCUUUUCUGAAGGGACAUAUCCUCGCGUAUCUUUUUCAAAUGGUGUGCUUUGUAUUGGCAGUACGUUGGCCUGUGGUCUCUCGGGUCAAACACAGCCACACGUAUGUAUGUGUGUGUAUGUAUGCACACUAGUAUACAUGCGCAACAGAUUAUAGGCCAACUUUAUAGUUUGAUGAAAUCGGUGCAUAGUUUUGGAAGUCAAAGAAAUAUUUUGACCCUUUAAAGGACUCGACACUAUAAUAUUUAAGAUCUUCAUUGAUUUCCACACUAAAGGACAAUGAAUUAAGCUGCUUGUGUUCACUUGGACUACCUGAAAAACAAAGUAACUUGGACAGGGUUAACGAACACUAUGUUAAGUAUGUACAAUUUAUGUGGUAUGCUUUGUCCUUUACACUAAUGAUGACUACCACAGUAGUUAGGUCAAAGAGGGGAAAUGGUCUACAAUACAUGGUUUUAGUCGCUGGUCUUUCUUAGACUUUUUACCAAUUCUCUUCAUGCAGCUUCCUUUUAAAAAAAAAAAUAAUAAAAAAAUACACAUUUAGACAAA